GGGGCGGGCGGGAAGCCUUCGGGAAUCUCCGCCGAGCAGCGCUCGGCUCCCCUCGGGAGGCACUGGUAGCAGUUGGAGGUUGGCGGCGCGUGAGGGCGGUGGUGUCCCACUGGGGUGCUAGCCCCGAGUGAGCCAGUCUGGCUGCGGCGGUUGCGCGCUCCGCCUCCUCCUCCCCGGUGCUUGGUUGGUGUCGCUGGCUGCAGUGAUUGGAGUCCUGCUCCCCCCUCCCGCAUUCAGAGGGCUCUGGCCGGGCGUCGGGAUUGUGAGCGGUGGCGGCGGAGCCUGCGCCGUGUCCCCAUCUCCUCGCGCCCCCGCCUCCACCCCCACCGUCUAGCCGGGCCGUGUGAGGCCAGGAGCCGCUCGCAGGGUGCACGGGGAGCGACCCCCAGCGAAGAGAAUGACGGACCCCUGCGACGGAUUAAUAGAAAUAUGCAUUGCUAUAAUAUCAUAUUGGAAUUGAUGAAGUGGAAAUACAGAUGAAGACAGUCUGAAGAAGAUUUUACAUAAAAUAUACUUCCAUCCAACUCCCCAACUGAGGAGACAAGUUGGAAUAUUUAUUAAAUCAUCACUACUGUCCGCCACCAAAUCUCAUCAGGCUUCACUGAACAAACCAAGUUUAAAAUUUGUCAAGCAGCAGGGCCAGUUGCUAAGGGUGACAGUGCACGGGAAGGAUUAAAAGUGAACAAUGACUCAACUGAAAGUAUACGUCAGAUUACUGGGAGCCUAUCUGUUCAUCAGUCUUCAUGUUCAAGGGCAAAAUCUAGACAGCGUGCUCCAUGGCACAGGAAUGAAGACAAAUCCUGACCAGAAGAAACAGGCAAAUGGAGUAACAUUGGCUCCAGAGGACACCUUACCUUUUCUACAGUGCUACUGUUCAGGACAUUGUCCGGAUGAUGCUAUUAAUAACACAUGCAUAACUAACGGGCAUUGCUUUGCCAUUGUUGAAGAAGAUGAACAUGGAGAACCCAUCCUUGCUUCAGGUUGCAUGAAGUAUGAAGGUUCAGAUUUUCAGUGCAAGGAUUCCCCAAAAGCACAGCUACGUCGGACAAUUGAAUGCUGUCGAACUGAUUUCUGCAAUCGGGAUCUACAGCCCACACUACCGCCACUUGGUAGUACAGAUGGACUUUUUGAUGGCAGCGUUCGUUGGAUGGCCGUGCUGAUUUCUAUGGCAGUCUGCAUCAUUGUUAUGAUCAUCUUAUUUAGCUGCCUUUGUUACAAACAUUACUGUAGAUGGGUAGCAAAAAGACGUUGUUAUAAUCGUGAUCUGGAGCAAGAUGAAGCAUUUAUUCCAGCCGGGGAGUCAUUAAAGGAUCUUAUUGACCAGUCACAGAGUUCUGGCAGUGGAUCAGGACUACCUCUGUUGGUUCAGCGCACUAUUGCCAAACAGAUUCAGAUGGUGCGGCAAGUUGGGAAAGGGCGAUAUGGUGAGGUGUGGAUGGGUAAAUGGCGAGGCGAAAAAGUGGCAGUCAAAGUAUUUUUUACCACUGAGGAAGCCAGUUGGUUCAGAGAAACUGAGAUUUACCAGACUGUUCUAAUGCGUCAUGAAAACAUACUUGGUUUUAUAGCAGCUGAUAUUAAAGGCACAGGCUCCUGGACACAACUUUACUUGAUUACAGAUUACCAUGAAAAUGGAUCCUUGUAUGACUUCCUGAAAUGUGCCACACUUGACAACAGGGCUUUGCUCAAACUGGCUUAUUCUGCUGCAUGUGGUCUGUGCCAUCUACACACAGAAAUUUAUGGGACACAAGGCAAGCCUGCUAUUGCACACAGGGACCUGAAGAGUAAAAAUAUCUUGAUAAAGAAAAAUGGAAGCUGCUGUAUUGCCGACCUGGGUCUUGCAGUGAAAUUUAACAGUGAUACGAAUGAAGUUGAUGUCCCUUUGAAUACUAGAGUGGGAACAAAACGUUACAUGGCCCCAGAAGUCCUAGAUGAAAGCCUAAAUAAAAAUCAUUUCCAACCAUAUAUCAUGGCUGACAUCUACAGUUUUGGCUUGAUCAUUUGGGAAAUGGCUCGGCGUUGUGUCACAGGAGGUAUUGUUGAAGAGUACCAGUUGCCAUAUUAUGACAUGGUGCCGAAUGAUCCAUCUUAUGAAGAUAUGAGAGAGGUGGUAUGUGUCAAGCGCCUACGCCCAGUGGUAUCUAACAGAUGGAAUAGCGAUGAAUGUUUAAGAGCAGUGUUGAAGUUAAUGUCUGAAUGCUGGGCCCACAAUCCUGCCUCUAGACUUACAGCCUUGAGGAUCAAGAAGACACUUGCCAAGAUGGUGGAAUCACAAGAUGUAAAGAUUUGACAGAAUAAUAUAGUACUGAGGAGCAGAGUUGGACUCCUAGAACUUUUCACCCUGAUAAGGGUGGGAACUAAGUGGGAAGAGGAAGCAACUGAGAUUCAGUCCACUUCCUCAUCUCACUUUUACAGGCUGCUAAUAUUAAAUCUUUCAGUACUUUGUAGAAUAUAAUGCUGAGAGUCUCUGUACACUACAUGCUACAUAUAUGGACAGCCUUGUUUUAAAUAUGCGUAUCAUUUUUGUUUUAAGCUGCAUUGAGACUUCAGUCACACUUAGUGAGUCUCCAGUGAAACUCUGGAUACUGAAUUGCUUUCUGUGAAAGCCUUAAAAAGCUAAAUGGAUUCAACAGAGAUGGAGAAAUAUAAGCUUUUUGCCUUCUACCUGAUAAAAACCUAGUUGGUUCAUACCAAGACUUUUUGAAAUAGCCUGUAGGUUAGGAAUCUGUUUGAGAUACUACUCAGUUUAACAGUUCCUAUGCCUUUUAUGGGUCUUUUAUGUGUGUGCCAGGAUUCUUUGGCUGCCAUUUGGGAUAGAUGAUAAUUUAAAUUCACAGAAAGACUUAUGGUCAGGGCCCCAUAUGUUCCCUGAUUCCACAGUUUCAGGAUUUGCCACAGAAUUCAUCCCUCGACACAGAAUUGUGCUCCAGAAUCUCAAUUUUCAUGUUGAAAUAAUUACAUUUCUGUGCUGUUUUGGUUGCAAAGAGGACCUCAGAAAUGUGAACAGUGUAAACCAAUGUCCAUCUGAGGGCUUGUAUACAUGGUUCAGCAAUGCGCACACUAGAGGAGUGUGAUUUCUAAAGUAUACUGACUGAUCCAUGUAGAUCCUGCUGGCACACACUAUAAGUUUCCUAGGGUGCUUAAUGUACAUGCUGCUUGUUAACAUGCACUAGGAAACUUUUUAGUGUAUGCCAGCAGGGUUGUUGCAGGCCAGUAAGCGUGCAGCACAUGAGUGCAUUUUAGAAAUCACAUUUCUCUAGUGUGCAUUGCCUCACUGUGGAGACAGGCCCUGAGUCUGCAGAAAGCCUGAAACAGUGACUGAG